AUGUCCCCACCUCCGGCUUCUGCCGCAACCACGGCUCCGGAAUUGGCCACAACCCCUGCUCCAACCUCGGUUUUGUCCCAGGAAAGAGCCUCCUCUAUAGGCUGGUACUUCAUCGUAUCCUACUACGACUUCUACAACACCAACAUCGAGAAUAUCCACAAGAUAUACCACCAAAACGCUCUGAUUUCUCACGACUCCUUCCCAGUGGAUUCUGCUAAUACUGCUGAAGACGAAGUUAAAACCAUCCAUGCUGCUCAUGGCACCGAAGCUAUCAGAACUCGUUUCAAGAACGAUCCAGAGUUGAAAGCAAACAACCGUAUCGUAGUCACUUCGGCCGCGUUUGAAGUUUCGUUGGAGAAGAACAUCUUGAUUGUCGUAUUUGGUGAAUGGGCCAAAGAAGACUCUGUCUAUCACCAAUUCACCCAGACCUUCGUCUUGACUCCAGGUAAGAAGGAAAACUCAUUUGAUGUAGCCAAUGAUGUUUUGAGAUUUAUCGACUUUGGUGAAUUCAAGGCCGUUAAGAAGGAAGAAAAGAAACCUGUUCGUAACGGAGAAACCAUUAAUGCUUCUGCUACUGCAGCAACUACUACUGAAGCUUCUACUAGUACUCCCAAGGCUGCUUCUAGUGCCACUAGUAUUUCUGCUAAUUCUACGUCAACGUCUACUUCGACUUCUACUGCUGCUCCAACGUCUACUGCUGCUACAACUGUUCCAGUUGCCGCUGCAACUCCUACUGUUGCUACUGUUGCUGCUUCUGCUGCUUCUGCCAACACGACCGCUGUUUCCUCUGCUGCUUCUGCCGAGUCUGAAACCACUUCCGCUUCUUCGGUCCCAUCUGAAGAGAAACAAAAACCUGAAGCUCCUGUGACUCCAGAACCAGUUGAAAAGUCUGAAACUAAGGAAUCUACACAAGAACCAGUGAAGGAAUUGUCUCCUACUGACUCUGUGGCCUCCAAGAACGAAGAAGAGUCUUCUACUGCUGUGACUGCCAAGUCUGCUCCAGGCCAACCUUUGUCUUGGGCAGCAUUGGCCUCACAGGCCGCUCCUCCUAAGAAUAAGCCAGUUGCUGUAGCAAAGUUGUCUCCAGCCCCAGCCAAGAAAGCUGCUACAACCCCUCCAGCUAAUGGUAUAGGCAGCAAAAAGAAAGAAGAAUGGUACCCCAUCUACAUUCGGGGGAUCAGAGAACUCGAUGAGAAAUUGUUGAGAGAUCACAUUUCAAAACACUUUGGUGAGCUCAAGUACUUCAAGACCAAUCUGAACAUUGCGCUCUGUGACUUUGUCACCUAUGACGCCCAACACAAGGCCCUUGAAGCUGGUGAAACCAUUGUAGAUGGUAUCGUCAUCCUGUUGGAACCUCGUGAGUCAAAGACAGGCAACAGUUACCACAGCAUCAACAAGAAAAAGGACAAGCCCGCGGGCUCAGCUGUCACAAAUAGCAAACAGUCGCCACAACAGACUCCACAACAGAAGGCUGCCAAGGGCGAGAAGAAAGUUGUUGGGAAGAAGAGCAACCGCACUGCUACGCGUAGUGAUUAA